AUCAGUGUUCCCCUUUGGUCACUCACCUCCUUCGCAACACAACCACCAUCAUGUCCCGAUUCGUCCGAGCCUCAAAAUACCGCCACGUCUUUGAACAAUCAGGAAAAAAGGACCAAGGCUUCGAAAAUGUCAAAGUGACCGGUAGCGCCUGGGAUACCAACGUUAUCUCUGCAUCUGCGGAGUACAUCUCAAUCAACUGGAAUGCCUCUGGAGGAGGAGCAUUUGCUAUCCUCCCUCUUCCAUCCCCUUUCGUUGCCCACCCUUCUAUCCCGUACAAACUCCCCGACUCGCUCCCCCUCGCCCGCUCCCACACGGCCCCCGUCCUAGACACCGAAUGGUCCCCCCACGACGACUCCCUCGUGGCCUCUGCAGGCGAAGACGGAAAAGUCAUGAUAUGGAAAGUCUCCCCCGACGUGUUCGAAGGCUGGGGCGCCGAGGGAUGGGUACCGAAAGACUUUGAUCCCGUAUGGAGGAUCGAUGCCAGUCCCCGCAAAGUAGGCCAGGUCCUCUUCCAUCCCACUGCGGAGAACGUGCUCGCGAGCGCGUCGGGUGAGCACCUCGUCAAGCUGUGGGACCUCGCGAGGACAGAGGAUCCGCAGCUCGUUCUGUCCGGGCACACGGAUACCAUCCAGAGCAUCGCGUUCAGCCCCACGGGAACCCUACUGGCGACGACGUGCAGGGACCGAAAGCUGAGAUUGUUCGACUCUCGGGCGGGCGGUGACGCGAUCCACGUCGUAGACGGCCACGGCGGCAUCAAGUGCGCCAGAGUUACGUGGAUGGGAGAUCUAGGCAAGGUGGCUACGACCGGGUUCAGCAAAAUGAGUGAGAGGCAGGUCGGUAUAUGGGAUGUUGGCCAGGGUCUUGCGAACGAGACAACGACGGCUCUAGACCAAAGCGCCGGUAUCGUUAUGCCAUUUUGGUCUGAUAACAAUAUCCUGUUCCUUGCUGGUAAAGGAGACGGUAACAUCCGUUACUACGAAUACGAAUCCUCCUCCCUAUACGCCCUAUCCGAAUACAAAACUUCCAACCCCCAGCGAGGCAUGUGUUUCCUCCCCCGACGAGCCCUCAACAUCAGCGAAUGUGAAAUCGCACGAGCUUACAAAGUCCACGGAUCCUCGAUCGAGCCCAUCGCGUUCAUCGUCCCCCGCAAAGCUGACUCCUUCCAAUCCGAUAUCUACCCCCCAGCCCCAGCCAAAGAACCAUCAUUGACUGCGGGCGAAUACUUUUCCGGGCGAGGGGAGGUGAAAAGGAAGUUAGUCAGCCUGGAUUCGGGCAAGACGGUGACGAGUUCGGGAGGCGCGGGUUCGAUCCCGACGAAGACGACUUCUGCGCCCAUCCCUGCACCGGCAUCGAUUGCCUCGUCCUUUUCUCAGCCUGCUUCCGCGUCUACUCCGACAGCCCCACCGAUGUCGGUGUCGAAGUCGUAUUCUCAACCGGAGUCGACCCCAGUGAGGAAAGAGACGACACCGCCUCCUUUAGUAAGGAAAGAUUCUGCAUCGCCUGCUGCCAAAUCUGCAUCGCCUGUAGAGGACCCCGAAAAUUCCCAGCUCAAAGCUGAGCUCCGUGAGGCGAGGGAGAAGAUUCGCAAUCUAGAGUUGCAGUUGGAAGCUACGAAAGCGAACGCGAAGAAGGCAGCGGAGGCGUUGUUGAAUGUGUAAUGGCUUUCGAGUACUUGUAGACACGGUGGAUUUUGAUAUUUAUUCUGGUUGACUAAUUGAAAAGGUUUAAUGAUGUAGGAGCAAGGUUUCAGGGAUGUACGUUGGAAUCGCGGAUGGGUAUGUAAUAGUGAUAGGGGGGCUUGCAUCUCUCGAAUUCCAGCCUACAUUUUCCGAGGUUUGAUGAUGAGAAUCAGAACAAGAGGAAGCCUUUACCGCACUACAGGAAACAUACUUAGGAUUUGGU